UGUUGUAGAAGAGCUGAGAGGACCGUGAGAGGAUUUUCUUUUGUCUCAAAGUCGCAGCUCGAUCACUUUUACGGUUUACGGUUUUAAUUUAAUCGAUGUUUACUUGAUUAAAACGUGGAUUUUAGUGCCGCGGGAGAGUUUGAGGGAGAGAAAGUCGCUGCCGGAGUAGUUUGAGGAUCCGUCCGUAAAGCAGAAUCCCGGCUGCUGCACUGGGAACAGAUAUGGGUGACUCUGAGGUGCCGGCGUUUUCAUCCAUCGAAGAAGAGCGAGACUACUGGAGGGAGCAAGCAGCUCAGCACAAACAGGGGGCUGAAGAGGCUCGUGAGGAGCUGCAGGAGUUCCAGCAGAUGAGUCGCGAUUACGAAGCCGAACUGGAGACCGAACUGAAGCAGUGUGAAGCGCGGAACCGCGAGCUGCUAACGGCUAACGACCGGCUAGGCAUGGAGCUGGAAACCUACAAGGAGAAGUAUGAGACUCAGCACUCGGAGGCGUACAGAAGCAUUUCUACUCUGGAGGGAGAGUUAGCAGAGACCACAGCCAUCAAAGACCAGUUGCAUAAAUACAUCAGAGAGCUGGAGCAGGCCAACGAUGACCUGGAGAGAACCAAACGUGCCACCAUCAUGUCUCUCGAGGACUUUGAGCAGAGGAUGAACCACGUCAUCGAGAGAAACGCGUUCCUGGAGAGCGAGCUGGACGAGAAGGAGAACCUGCUGGAGUCGGUGCAGAGACUGAAGGAUGAAGCUCGAGAUCUGAGACAGGAGCUGGCGGUGAAACAGAAGCAGGAUCGUAAACCUUCCCUCAGUGUAUCAGUGGAUGGAGAGAAGGUGGAGGCGACUCCAUCACACACGCCAUCGGCUCAUUCAUCCAUCCUCACCACUCCAGCCAGAACCGCCGGGUCCAGCAGCGCGUUCAACACACCUCCCGCAUCCUACAGCCGGAUCGAAGGUCUCACCGGGACGCCGCUGACCACCUCGGCACGGAUCUCCGCCCUCAACAUCGUCGGAGAGCUGCUCAGGAAAGUCGGGAAUUUGGAGUCGAAGUUGGCCUCGUGUAGAGAGCUGCAGUUACAGGACAGGACGCCGAGCCGCUCGGGGGUCCAGAGUGCGCACAGUACACCGCGAGAACCUGCCGAGAACCAGGCCAGCGCCAACGGCUUCUACGAUAAGGGGAUGGUGAAGCGGUUGGAUUUCGGGGCCAAAAUCGUGUUGUGAGCGAGCCGCGCCUCUCCAGCGCGAAUGAGUGACCGCCGCGCUUUUAUAAACUUUUAACUAAUGCGUCGUUUCCACUGACGUCCUCACAUCCACUCUGCACUUGAAGAGUACGAACACGUGGACGCGUCUCACAGGGCUCUUCGUUUUCGUUGCUCUGUACUGGAGUCUCAGCGUCUCUGUGAGCAGAUUGUAUUUUUUAUAAGGAGGGUUCGGGAGCACUAACACCUCCAGCUUAAGCAGGUUGGAUUCAUGUUUUUGUUUUGAGAUUUCUGGUGUUCUGUCUGUAUUUGUACGUUUUAUCAUCAUCCCCUGCUGAAGACAAACCCUCUGUAGGGCGCUUACAGCUCUUCUUCUCUUCUGCACUGAGGAACGAGGGGUGGUUUUGUUUUGUUUUGGUUUUUUUAAAUGUAUUCCGGCAUCAAAACCACUUCUAAACUCACUGGAUUUAUAAACCCCUGCCUUGGGCUGCGUCCCAAACGCUCGGUGUGGUCUCAUUAUCGUUCGAUUUAACGAUACAGAGUCCGGCUUUCUUCUGGCUCUUAUUUAGGAUGUAAAGGUUCAUCUUGUACCGUCUCUUUAUCCUGGUCAGGGAUGAGGUGAGUCCGGCUUCCACAGAAGUACUCGGCGCACUGUCGGUCCAUUGUGGGACGAGUUCCAAGACCAGCUAUAUUCUCAGUGGAUGUCUAGAACCAGCAUAGUUCUUAUUUAGGCAAGCUGCAUAACCCUGUAGUUCCUCGAAUGGACAAAAGUAUUGGGACACCCCUCCAAAUAUGUGGCACUAGUUUGGGAAAGGCAGUUUACUUUUUUUGCUUUAGUGUGUCUGUCCUCCUGAGCACAAAGCGAGCUCUAUAAACACGUGGUUUGUCUAGUCAUUUGACUCCAGUUUCUUACACAGAGCCCUGAUCGCCAUCCAACCCAACCGGUUUGGGAUGAAUUAAUCCUGAAUUGCAGUCAAGCAUUUGUUUCCAAUUGUAGUGGCUGAACUCAAUGACUCGAUUGACUGAGUGUGCACAAAUUCCCACAGACACAUUCCCUCAAGUCUUGUAGAAACACUUCCCAGAAGAUUGGAAGGUAUUAAAGCUACAAAAGAAAGAGGGAGCGAUUUUAAUAUAAGCGCACAUGGUUUUGGAACGGGAUGUCCAACAUGCUCACGGUCAGCUGUCCCAAUACUUUUGUCCUUAUAGUAAACAACUCGAUGUGCUUUAGAAAAAAAAUCCAAAUAGUGUUUAGGAUGAAGUCUCGUGUCUCUGAUCUUUCUGUCGUAUCAGAAGUUUGUUUGAGAACCAGACUUGAACUGGCAGGUGAUUGGUUUCCUCCCUGUCGUGUCUCUUUAUUGUGACGAGUCCAGGGUUUAAAAGUCAUUUUAAUACUUCAGUGAAGGGAAUGAAUGUUUUAUGUUAAAAUUAAAAAUGUACAGAGGAAUUAAUCUGUGCUGUAUUAGAGGGGAUGGGUAGGAGGUGAUGUACAAGGAUCAAGCACAUCAACGCUCAUCUCAGGACUCGGGUACCAAAAACCUCUCUGCAGACGUCACCAUAGUCCAGUGUGGGUUCUGUGUGUUUGUGUUCAUCAGGCCACCGGUAAUGGUUAAACACUGUGUGGUUCCUCGUGUACGUGUAGAACUGCAAUACUCAGUCGGAUGUGCAGAAUAAAUGCCCUAAAACAA